GAAACCUGUUAGGACUUUGCCCCUGCACCCUGUUCAGCUUGCUACUCUGGGACUUUUUCAAUCGAUUUCCUUGUGAUUCAUAACGUUCCAUUCUUCAAGGCCUGCGGAGGGAGUUGAUGGAUCUUUCCGCUGCUGUAAUUGAUUCCUCAGGGAAGGUAUGUAACCUUGAAUGAGUGAGUUUGUGUGUGUGAGAGAGAGAGAGAUCAUUGAUAGCGCCAGAGUAGCAAGAUAUCAUGCAGCCGGUUGAAAUAAUACGCUGCAGCAUCUGCCUGGAAGACUACAGUGUGGAGGGUGAGAGCAAGCCUCGCAUUCUCCCGCGGUGCCUGCACACCUUCUGCGAGCGAUGCCUGGAGAAGCUGUCGGAGCUCAGCGACUGUCAGAUCGUGUGCCCCGUGUGCAGAGAAGUGAAUGAUGUAGAGGAGGCUGGCGGAGUGCUCAGCCUGCCCAUCAGCACUAGGAUCUCGCUCCCUGUGCAGGCAGCUCCACACGCCCAGGACGUUGACGUUUUACGCUUUGUGGAUCCCGCUUGCCCAGCUUGCCCGGCCUGCGGCAGCAUCACCCUGUACGCUCCUUUCGGAGCAGAGGAGAACAUCCUCCAGUGCCACACGUGUGACUGGCUGAGCGGAGAAGACAUCCAGGCCCAGGGGAGCUCCCUCACAGCACGGCAAAAGCUGCCCAAGGCAAGCAGGCAACGGCUCCCGGUGCCUCCGCAAGAACAGCACCAGGAAAGUCUGCCGUCUCAAGACCAGCACGAAUCGAAGGGCUGUGCUCUCUCUUGAGGAGCACGUUCCUCACAGAUCAGUAGUUGUGUCCUGUGAGAGUGAUUGGAGUUUAUGGCUAUCCUACAGAGAAUGCUGAGCUGGCUGGGCAGUUUGCAGUGCGUUCCUGACACCCAAUGUACUGCUGCAUGUCUCUCUCUCUCUCUGUGUCUAGGAGAGUGAAUGAAUUAUGCUUUACCCUGGGCAAGUGAAGACCACAAGAACUUUACGCUCUUAUCUGCCAAAGAUUUCCUCAACUAAGUUCAAUCCUCGAGAGAUUUGGAAACAAUUACUUGGAUUUCUGUCCUGCCCGAUUGGAUGAACACCACAUGCCUGCAGUGUAAACCCUGAAGGUUACCCUGGUUAAUGAACUGGACUCACCCUCUGUUCUCAUUUUGAAUGGUUGUUCCUGGAUCUUUAACGUCCACUUGAACAGACAGGCAGUUUUCACAUCUCAUUGAAAGGAUGACACCUCUACCAACACCGCAGAACUGCACUGAAGUGCCAAGAUUGAGCUCAAAGUCCCAACGCAGGGCUUGAUCCUACAACUUUCUCACCCACAGGCAAGAGUUGUAGCGGCUGAGCCAGACUGACAUGUUGUGCCAUGCAAACUUAUAGCACCUUCCUCUAUAGACAGCCGGGGUGUUUCAUGAAAGCAGAAUUGGGAAUGGGAAUGUGGAAUGAUUGAAAUUGACCUUGCAGCGGUGAAACAUUGUAUUUUCUGGGCUCUAUGGGUACUGCCUACAAACAUUUUGCUGCAUAUAAAAAUAAUUGUUAUAUGCAGCAAAACAUUAUGAUGAAAAGCUUUUGCAAAUGUCUAGAUUCGGACACAAGAUCCACAGGGCUGUCAUCUGUCGUAUAUGAGUGGGCAGAUAGAGACGUCAGGGCAUUUUUCUGUGGUUUGGUCAGUGCUGUUUGCUUACAUAAUUGCCAAUCUGGCAAGACAGCAGUCUGCCAUGUGUGAAAUUAAACUGGGAGCUGGCACUAAUGGGAGUCGGAGGCUAUGUUUACGUGGUGUGUGUUUACUUACUCACUAAUAGAGCAAGGGCUUUGGUCAUAACCACUCGCUCCUCAAUGGUAAUACAUUUGACCGUGUGUUUUAUAUGUAGUAAUAAAAUUUGUGAAGCUUCAU